CGGCCAGUACUCUAAAUAGUAACUCGCAACAGCAGCAGCAGUCGCGCCUUGCGAGUUGCGGUUCACACGGCACCGUCUCACCGUCUCGGCCGGUCGCACGCCCAAAUAAUACAAUAACAAUCCUCCGCCGUCUGUUCGUCGACGGUCGCUCACCACCGCCAUCAUCGCACCCCAUAUGAUCCGCACGCGGCAAUUUCAAAUGUUCCGUGGUUUUUUUUUUUUUCGUCGUUUUUAUAAUUAAUCAAUUUCCUAAUUCGCGUCCUAGGGGUUGUUUUUAAGUCGAUGCAUUUAUUUAUUUAAAUUAUUAUUCGCGUGUAUCGUAUUCAUCUCUCCCUACCCAGAGUUUACUAUAAUAUUAAGUGUUAACUAUAUAUUGUUUUAUUAUAUUAAAAAAAAAAUAUCUACACCCGGUCUACGAAUUAUUCCAUUACGACGACGAUGAGUUUAUCAGAUUAUAAAUUCGCACUGGCAGUGGUUUCGAUCGUUUUCAUCGCGGGCUCAGUCCGAACUUGGGGUAAGUCAUCGUGUAUUACAAUUAAUUAAUAAAUACGUAUUUACGUUAUAAUUUUAGUAUAGUAUCUAUAUGACUAGAAGGACUACUACUACUAUCUUGUGAUAUCUUGUAAUAUUAUAAUAUAUAUUAUUGCGUGAGCUAAGAGUGUGUGAUGAUGUAUCGCAUGUGCGUAAUAUUUUCGCUCGCUAUUUUUUUUUUUUUUUUUUUUGCACGUGAUCGGCCAUAGAACAAAUAUCUCUCCUCACGUACGCCACACGCGACCGACUACCUCCGCGGCUAUGACCUUUCCCAAUUCCCGGACAGCCGACGGUCCGGAUUCUUUUGGUUUUGGGUUCCUUAUAUUUUAUUUUUCUCUUUUUUUCCGCACGGUCGUACCUAUCCGUUAUGUUUCAGUAUACAGACCGGUACUUAUAAUAAUACAUUAAUUUCCGCCGCAGCCGUCGCCGCCGCCGCCGCCGCCGCGUAUGGCGUACGUGACGAACUGCACGCACACCACGCGAGUUUUCACUAUAAAACCCCGCAACCCCGCCUCGUCCACCCCUUAGAACGGUUUAUACGAAAUAAUAUCGUUGCCGCCCGCGACCUCCAAUAAAUGCGCUUAUAUAACACCGAAUGGCGAAUUAAUAAUUAUUUCUUGCUCAUAGCGUCCGGUAAAACCUAAUUCGCGCACCUGUUUUAUUUAUUUCUGUAUACGUUCCAUACAAGUAAGGUAUUAAUUAUAAUUACAGAACUCGUUUUUUGCCGCGUGACAGUUGGUUUUAUCUGUCGUCCGCAAAAUAGUUUUUAUCUAACAAUAAUAAUAAUGAUUAUUAUUAUCAUAGGUAUUAAUAAUAAUAGUAUUAUUAAUGAUUACAGUACAACUGAUGACAUAGCGCUCUUAUCAGCAUUUGGUGUUCAAUAAUUAUUGUUGUAUUAAUACGCCGCAUCAUAUUGUUAUUAAUAAAAAAGGUGUAAAAGUUUUCUAUACUGAUAAUAUCAAAUAAAAUGGUAUAGUACCAGUGGUGCUUUAAAGUCGCUGGUACUUAGGGUGCUUAGGGACAGACUCUGGGUUUCAAGAGGUUUGGGGAAAUUGUAUACGUCGUCCGCUUAAUAAUUAGAUGUAGGUACGUCCAUCUACAUAAUACUAAAUAUUAUUAUAAUAUCGAUAUAAAAUUUAAAACAAUACAAAGGUAAGAUACACGGUUAUUGGAUUUAUUUUUGUAAACCAUUGUUAACAAAAAAUAAUUCUGAGCAAAGUUCGGUUGUACACGGAAUUUCACGUGUUUUGAAAUAGCGUGGUUUUUAUGAUUUUCGUCAAAAAUUGAACUAUACAGUCUAUAAAAAUAAAAUUACUACAUUACACUUUGUUUUCUUUUCUACCAGUAAAACUUGAAUUAACCUCUUAUUAAAUUUCUAAUCAUUUCUGUUCGGCUAAAUCAAUUGUAUCCCCAUUUACCAAAUAAAAACUAAAAAUAGUAGAAAAUGUAAAAUGCUUAUAAAUAACUAAACAUUUUCUUGAAUGUUUUAAAUAUUUGUUCACGUCUAGAAAAAUUUAAGUAUAUUCUGUGCAAUUUUCAGUCUUCUGAGAUUUUUUUUAAUCGAAUUUUAACAAAAAAAAAAAAAACAAAAUCGAAAAUAAUGAAAAUGUUUUUCCGGGUUUUCUCAAUUACUUCAGAAACUGCUUAAAAAAUCAAAAAAUGACCUCCACCAUUUAAAUUAAAAAUUAUACCAAAAAGCGGUCAUGUAAUUUUUUGACCGUGGCAAGAUUUAUGGCGGGAAAUUUGUUUACAGACGAAAAAAAAAACGCACAUUAUAAUUUUUAGUGGAACCAAUACAUUCCUAUCAGCGCUCAAAAUCUUAUGCCCAGCGGUUUUUCGAGAGAAUUAUCUACGACUUAAAUUUGAUUUUCGCCCCCGAACGCCAAAUACCAAAGGCAUUUAUAUUAACACGUCCUGAAAUUUUGGCACGUAAGGCUAAAUCAGACCAAAUUGGACCACUAGAGGGUGUCGACUAUGAAAAUUCGGCCCGAAGGAAAACUAUUUUUAAACGCGCCGUGACGAAAUACGACGUCCGCUGACUUUUUAUUGAGUUCUAUCCAAACCGAAUUAGUUUUAUAUUAUUAUUAUUAUAAUGCAUAUAUAUUAUUAAUUUUGUUUAAAUCGUUAUAAACAAGGUAAAAUUUUGUUUUCGGUGUUGUCACUAUAUACUCAUCUGGUAUAGGUAUUACACUGUCUAUACUGUGAUCGCGAAUAAGAAAGUGAAAACGCAAAAAAACUUACGCAUGAUAACAUGUUCAUAACGUUUCGUAUUAUUGGCGAAAGUUGUACGAGGUAUUUGGUAUAGUACUUAACCUACCUGAUAUUAUAAUCUCCUAUUCUACCCAUCGCCGGGAUAAACAAUAAUAAAAAAAAAUAUACUACGCUUCCUGAUAAAAAAAACCUCGCAAUACACGGUAUUAUAAUCGAUCAAUCGAUUUCAUGCGUGUACAAUAUUAUAUUGAUUUCCUGUUAAUAUCAUUGUAUAUAUAUUUAGAUAUAUCAUAUAUAGAUAAAAAGGUAUCUAUAAUGACUAUUAUUAUUAGAUCCACUACCCACUUUUUUAAAACCGUUCAUUGUGUAACAUAAUAUAAGGACCCGGGUAUUAAUUACCUUUAGUAUAAUUCGAAUAUUGCACUUAAUACCUUAUCGGGAUAAUGUUUGUAAUUUGAAUUUAAUAAAUAUAGGUAACACUAUUAUAUUAUGGUGGUACGAUCAUUCGCGAAGGUUACCUAUACCUAAAAAAAAAAACGAAACCAUUAUUAUGUAAAGGAAAUGAUAUUAUAAUAUACUAAAUAUUAGAACUAUUAAGUCUAAUAUACUGUAUAGUAUACCCAGUAUACUACAGGUAAUACUGUAAUGCUAGUUUUCUAAACGUACUUAAUAAUUAUAAUUGAUUUGAUUGUAUAAGUAUUAUACUUACCUAAUUGCAAUAACGAUUUGGGAAGACGACAUCCGACAAAUUAAUGAUUUUAAAAAUGUUAUCACUGGAUGCGAUUUGUUUAAAUGUAUAUUAUAAUACCGAUAGUAAUUUCUGAAUAUUUGAAAAGAUGUAACGUCCACUUUCUAAACGGUACGCGAAACUGAGUCGAUAUUCUUUUUUAAUUCAUAACUGUCUUUAAUAACAGAAAACAAUUUAAAUAAUAUGUUUAUAAAAUAUAUAGUUUACCUUAUCUAUACUUACCAAAGUUUCGUUCCGUUCCGUUCCGUUUUAAUUUCGUGAAUAACAGUCAAAUUACUACUACUGUUAUAAUAUUAUUAGGCAGGUACAAUUUUGCUAUAGUUUUUGUACUCUUAAAAAACUACACGUUUUUUUAAGCCCACGUGAAAUACCUAAGAAGAAAAAUACCCGUUUGAAUAUUUACUGUCUGAGGAUAAAAGAAAUAAAUACAUUUUUAAUCUAGUUGUUGGUGAGUAUUAAAAUCGUUUUUUGGUUUUCCCUGUAGUUUUUUGGAUAAUUAAGUAAAACCUAAUAAAGACUUAAAAAGAAGUAAGAAUAGGACAAUUUACAAAAAUAAAUAAUGCUUUUAUUAUUAUAAAUUUUGUAUUUUUGUUGUAGUUCAGUUAAACAUAUUCGUAGUGAUUUGAAGUUUUGACAAAACUUAUAUUUGCGUUUUCUAAACGUAGUAAAAUUUUCAAAACAUUUGAGCCAUUUUUGAGCUAUUUUUAGACAUUGUACUUAGUGUACUUUUGUUACUUAAAACAAUUGUGUUUAAUGUAGUAUUUUUUUUUUUAUAAGAAUUUAGUAUCAAAUUUUGAUGAAAAUCGUAAAUAUUACUUUCAAAACCUGUAUAACUGAACUUCGCUCUGAAUCGUUUUUCGUUAGCAAUGGUUUUUCAUUGCUUACAGAUAUAAAUUAAAUAAUUUUACGUAUCACACUUACUCAACUUCCCACCUACAACAGUGGCACAACCGUUCCCAGUAUUGGCUUUUUUGUUUUUUUUUUUUUUUUAUAAAUGUCAUUUGAUUAUACUUUGUUCUAGUUUAAAGGUUAACAUUAUUUAAACGACGAUGUAAUAUUAUUAUUAUAUUUAUUAUAUGUACCAGUAAUGUAUACAUCGCUGGUACGUUUUAUAAAUUUCAAAAUAAAUAAAUUGAUUUAAAUACACUCGUUAAGUAUUUUGUUCUAUAUUUCUAUAUGGUAAUAUAUUAAUAACGAUUUAAUAUGUAUUGCUACGCUGCUUAUUUGUGUAUAUGGAAAUCAGAAUAUCUGUGUAGCACAACAACUACUAACUAACUACUAGGUACAUAAUAUAUAUUAUACAACAGUACAUUUGAAAGUGGUCUCGUUUGACUGAGUAGAACAAUAAUUAUUCUUCCAUGUAGUAUUUUAUAUUGUAUUUAUUGUUAUUUCUGCGCGGUUAUAUUAUAAUAGUACAGAUUCGGAUGUAUUUUGGUAAAAUGUUAUUCGAAUAAGACUAUAAGACGACGUACUUAAAAUAAAAUAAGAUCAAUAAAUUCCUAAAAUUGAAAAAUGAUAUUUCAACUAAAAAUUGUGUAAUUAAUAAUAUUUUAGUGAAAUUUAAUAUCUCAAAAGGUAUUGAAAAAUGAUUAAUACAAAUAUUAAUCAUUUUUCGUCAAAGAUAUUUUUAACUAAAAAAAGCGAUCAAUUUAAUAUUACCAUUAUUAUUGAUACGUUUAAUAUAUUGUUAUAAACCAUUAUAUACUUUGACCCACGAGAGAUCAGUACCGCAAUUCGACCAAAACCCGUCUGAUUCCGCGCAUCCCCCACUCAUCAGCCCACCGACAGUGUGAAAUGAAGCUCCGAACCGUCACUGCCGGUCACUGAUAUCUCGUGGGCCGGAAUAUAAUUAAGUUUUGAAGACUAUUUUAUCGGCAUUUUUAGAAAUACUAAUUAUUUAAAAAGUUACAAGUCUAAGAAAAAAGAAAAAAAAACAACGAAGAUAUAUGAUAUCGUUGAUAACGAGUUGAAUAUUUAGAGAAUUGUAAAACGCCGACAAGCUUGUCUUUGAAAUUUUGUGGUUUACUACAAUAACUGUAAUAUAGGUGUUUUAUCUUAAAAACUGAUUUUAAAGGUUUUUUUUUACGAGAACGAAAUUUAAUAUUUGACUAUUGUGUUAUUUUGUCACGGCUUCUAGAAACCUGGAAAACCUCGAAAAGCCACGGGAUACCAGGAAAAUUGUAUACAAUUGUGGAAUUUUAAUUUCAAUAAACUUCUAUCUCUAUUUUCAUAAAUAUUAAUUAUUCAGAAUUUGAAAAAAUAUCAUAUUUUAUAUUAGUCUAGUAGUAUUAUUUUGUUACGUAUUUAAUACUAUAAAUACUAUAGCUAUUUAAAGCAAGGUUUUGUAUUGUUACGUUUAUUAGUUUUAAUAUUUAAAUACAAAAAAAAAAAAAACAUCGUUUGAAAACAUAUUAUUAGUCUACUUUGGUAAACUGGAGAAAAAAAAAAGGAAAAUUUAAAAAAGAAUUUCGUGGCAACUAACGUAUACUAUCGAAUUUAUCGAGUAUAUUGAGUAUGCUUUUACUGCGAGAUGGCUUUUUAUACAUUUCGUUCAACUGCUGUGGCGCACAUUCGAAUUAUCGAAAUUGACGGCCUUAACCUCGGAACUAUAUAUGUAUAAUAUAUUUAUAUAUUGUAAUAUUAAUAAUAUUUAUUAAUAACGUAUAAUUAAAUAUGAAUAAUAAUACUUAGUUCUUUUUUAAAAAAAAAAACUGUGAUUAUAAAAUAAAAUAAUAAUAAUUGUCAUCUAUUAUAAAUCCCAUAGUAUACUUAUAAUAUUAUAUUAUAGUAAACAAAACACUUCAUGAAUGAACAAACAAGUCGUGUAUUGUUAUUUUAUAAUAAUUAAUAUUAUUCAAUUUAUAACGAUACUUUCUAUUUUAUCAUCAUUAUCAAUAAUUGUAACGCGCCUAUUUAAUAAUAAAUACUAAAUAGCCAUAACAAUUACGACGAAUUUUAUGCAUUCAUAAUUUAAUAAUUGUAUAUAUAAUGAUUAUAACGCGUUGUGCGAUAUCAUUUUUAUAAUUAUUAAAAAUAAUAAUUUUAUUUGUGAUGAUUUUGUUUGACGACAAACUAUAUUUGAUUUAGGUAUUUGUUUCAUUAAUUAACCGAAAAGUACGAACUACUUUAAAUUCCGAAACACAAUAUCAUACCAGUAUUAUACCGUUUUAUUAAAAUGAACAAAGCAACAGAAAUAUUUGAGCAAAGAGUUAUUAAAUUUAGCAACAUAAUAUCUAUAUAAUGUCUUUGCGAAUCGUCUUUUAAAAAACUUACAUUUUGUUCGAUAAUAUUUGAGUUCCAGGUUAUGAUUGUAUGUAAUCGGCGUCACCUAUACAUAGUAUAGUGAGUUCACAUGAAGAAUAUUGUUUCACUGCAAAUAUUUAGAACUAAAGUUAAAAUUUUAAAAUGUAACCGUUAUUGUGCUGCAACCCGUGAGACCUUUUUGUUUGUCUCGGACUUUCGAGAAUACGAACGUAUAUUUUAUAAUUUAAAAACGUCAGUAUACCUGCAUCAUACAUACCUAAAUAUUUACCCUUGAUAUUACCUAAUUCUACAAAUGUAAAUCUAUAUUUCCGAAAAAUAUGUAUUUAUAUGGUUUAUAUUUUUUUGGAAGUAUAUAGGCUAUUAUGAAAUUGAUUUUAAAAUUUUUUUCAAAUUUACACUCGUAUUUAUAAUAAUUUGGUUUUUGUUUUUUAUAUAAACUACGUACACUUGUGAUUCAUAGAAUCCGAUAAAUACAAAAUCGUGAAAGCAAUUCGUCAUGAAUAAUAACAAUAAUAAUUAUAUUUACUACCAUGUUUUUUUUUAUGUACGAAAUCAAUGAAUCUCGAAUCUUGAUACAUUUACACACGUAAAUUGUGAAUGGGUAAUUUUCAAGGUAAUUUAAAUAAUUUUUAAUCUAGGUAGGUGUACUUACCUACAUAAUUUUCUUCGAUCCAGCGAUUGUUUAAUUGUGACUAACUAUGGUAUAGGUAUUAGGUAUUUGGAUACAUAUGUUGUGGGAAUUAUUGUUGCAACUUGUUUGUAUAUAUUUUAGUAAUGAUUAUUACCAAGGUUUGUUAUCAUUGCCGCUUGUAAGUGGGAAAAUAGCUGAAAACUAGUUUGCGUAUAUAUAACUUAGCUAUAAAUAAUUUUCAAACUACAAUGCAUUUUAUGGAAAAAAAAAUAGAGAAAUCAAAUUUGUAUUAAAUUACUCGACUUAUUUAACCUAAUCGAAUCCUUAUAUAAUUAUUUGAAAUUAAAUACAUAUUAAGUGUUUAAAAUUAAAAAUGUACUUUGGUUUGGAAUUAAGACGUUCCCGAAAAUAUUGUACUUCCAUAAUAUAGGUUUUUAGAUUUAAAAUCACUUCACCAUAAUAUUUUUACGACUGUACGGUGUGAAGUUAUUACACUUUUGCUAUGGUGCCCGCGUGAAAUACAAACAUAAAAAUAACUCAAUUUGUAUGAAGUAUCCAUGUAGGUAUUAUGUACAUUCUCAAUAAUAUAUUAUCUACUUAAUUAGAACAAGGCAAUCACUAAAAUCAUUAUAAUGCUUGCACACUGUCGUAUAUACAGUCACAUAUUUUAUCCGAUAUAAUGAAAACAUAUUGAUAAUUAACGAUUGAAUAUUAAUGAUUGAUAGUUUUUGGAAUAAAUUGAAAUAUUUAAUAAAAAAAUUAAUAAUACAUUUAAUAUCCUGUAAAUUAAAAAAAAUGUAUCUUGUUAUCAUGAAUUCCUAGAUAUCUCAUUAUAUAUUGGUAGUAUAAUGAGAAUUUCUAAUAUAUAAUAAGCUAAUUUUAUAAUAAUUGACGGAAAAACGUUGUAAACCUACCAAUGUCUAUAUUAUUAUAAAUAAUAAUCAUUUUUCUGUUUACACGAUUGAUUUUAUAUACAUUUUUGAGGUUAUCGAGCUAAGGGUCAUACACAUACAUGACUACUUUAUUAUACUGUAAUAAACACGAUUACUCUAUUGCCACCGGCGCAAGUCUUGAUAAAAAUUAUGAUUUUCCAUGUGUGUUACAAACACGGACAAUAUUUAAGAGUCAUAUUAUAUCGUUUUAAUUCGAUUUCAUAUUUGUAAAGUCCGUGCGAAGUAAUAUAUUUAAAUUACUUUUAAUAUUUAUAGACAGGUAUUCUUUAUUAUAUUAUACUAUUUUUAUUGGGCGAUCAUAUUGUCUUUAUGCUAAUUGUAUAAUAGGGAAGUUGAAAAAUGGCGACAGCGCUAUAACAAUGUUCGCCAAUAAUAGAAUAAUAAUAUAUACCUUGGUAUACGUUGUAGGUAUGGUAUACCGGCAUCACUUUUAUCUAAUAUAUCGGUUUUUAAUUUUUAAAAAUCAUUAAAGUAUGUUUAAAAGUAACCGUAUUAAUUUUGUUAAAUUAUUAUAUUCCAUUCAGGGUUAUAAAAAAACAUUGUUUAGAUUCCGAACGUAGCGAGGGAGCUUUAGAUUUUACAAUGCUCUUUAUUUAUUAUUAUUUUUCUUUGUUCUAUUCUGUUGACACAUUUUUUCUUAGUAAAUUUUUUCCGAUUUUUACGUGUGGCAAUUUUUCUGAAAGCUCAAGUUGUCUAGAUUGUACUUUAGUGAGGUAAUUUUUUGAUUCCCAACUCCACUUUUAAAAUAAAUCUCUUGAGUGGGAAAAUGGUAGGAAAACUUACAAUUUCACGAUUUCAUUAUUUUUUUUAAAAAUACGGAUGACACUUUCUACUAAAAAAUGAUUUAAUCGAAAAAUCACAAGAAACAUUUUUUAUUGCAUUUUCGAUUUACUUUCUUACGGUAUCAUCGCCAAAACUUAUGAGCUUUUAAGGAAUUUUAAUUUUUGGUACUUUUUUGCUGUAAUUCGGUUAUAAAUAUACGUAGAGACUUGAAACUUAGUAAUAAUACUUAUAUUAAACUUACCUAGACGAGGUAAAAUUUCCAAAAUCAUCGGACGUUUUUUAAAUUUUUUUACAAUGGUACUUUUUUUUAUAUACUGUUGACCACUAUUAUCCUAAACAACUUAUUCUGAUGUAUAAAUGCUGCAUCUUUUCUGAAAGUCAAUUUUAUCUACUUGGUAAAUCCAUAGGUCAUUUUUUGAUUUUCGAAAUGGUAUUUGAAAUAAAAACGAUUAACCGGGUAAAAAAUACUAUUUUUUUACGAUUUCGUUAUUUUAAAUAAGUAUCUACCAUGUUUUAUAGCACAAAUAUAGCUCCAAUUGAAAAACGACAAGAAAUCUUUUUUGUUGAAUUAUUAAUCUUGUUUUUAAUAAUGCAAUGAAAAUUACGGCACUUCAAAUUAUGUAUUACCGAUCUGCGCUCGGAAUCGUCUUUCGUCAGCAAUAGUUUAUCGUUGCUUACAUAUAUAAAUGAAAUAGCCUUAUGUAUCUUACCUUCCCAACUUUUUACCUACAACAGUGGCCGCACCCAUCGCCAGUAUCGGCUCUCUUUUUUUUUGUUUUUAACAUUAUUUUUUUGUAAGUUCAUAUUAAAAUAUUUUGUAGCAUUUGCUAAUUAUUAUGGGAUACAGAUACAAAUAAUAGAGUGAGCUUUACAUUUGUUUAAAGCAUAUUUCAAUAAAUUACAACAUGUAAUAAAACAUGUGGUUUAUUAAUACACUUGAUAAUAUUAUUAGUUUAAGAUCAAAUAAUAUUUAACUUAGAUUUUAAAUAAAACAUAACUAUUAUAGUUGUCACAUUAUAGUUAAAUAUAAAUAAAUUUAAUUCCAUUGUUUUAAUUGAGUUUUACUAUGAAACUAUCUUUCAAAUAGACGUGGGUAUUUUAUUGAAGGUAUUUUGUAUGUUGAGCGAGUUACCGCAGUACCUACGGGUUACAACUUACUGUACAAAAACAAUAUUGUAUUUGCAUGGUAUUUGACAUAUUGUAAAAACAAUAAUAAACAAAUCGCACUCGAGAAAAACCAUUACAAGUCGCGUACAGAAUUAGGACGUUCGCACUAAUUUUUCUUAUUUUUCACGAAUUAGAAAUUAAGCAAUUUAUUUAUCACUUUAAUGUACCUAAUAUAUUGUUGUGCAUUAUGAUAAUUUACCUACCUAAUAAUUAAGUCGUUACGUAUCGAUAUGAUUGUGGGUACUAAUAGAGGAGGGAGAAACUAUUUUUAUAAAACUAUUAAUUAGCUCUUUCGGUCUUACUUAAAUCUAAAUUGAAAUUUGCAAGAUAUCUAUUUUAAGUACUAAAUAUAUACUUUAUUUUCAGUUUAAAAAAAAUAUUCAAAUAACAUUCUGGUAAAUAGUCGACGGCUAUAUAAAAACAUAGUUAUUGUUCGUUUCAUAUGUUUGUUUUUAUCCUGUCUAAUCUAUAUGUAUUUAUUCGCGUAUUUAAUUGAAAAAUUGAUAUUGACGUAGGUAAAUAUAAGGUUAUGAGUGUAAUGUGACGUAGGUAUAUCAUAAUUCACAGUGUAAAUCUAUGUUAUUAUUUACAUAAUAUCACGAGUAGAUUUGGUGUAAACCGGUUAAAUAUAAUAUAAUUGUUACACUUUUACAGUAUUAUUAUUACAAUAUAUUCACUCGAUAACGAAUAUUUUUCGUUUGGCUUUAGCCUAAUCGUGUAUGCACUAUAUAAUUUUUGUUGUUUUUGUUAUUGUAGUUAAUUUAUUGUUUAAAAUUUAAGUGAGCUUUAAAAUUAAACACGUGAUAGUAGAAUUAAUACAUAUUUGCGUUUAAAAGGGUUUUUCUUAAAGACUCGUAUGCCCAUAACUUAUAAUCCAUAUAAUUUUAUAUAUAGGUGUAUGUAGCCGUAGCCGUUUAAGGGGAGGGGGAAAUUUUAUAUAGAUAUAUUGACAACCCCCUGUUUUUUUUUUAAAAUAUCUAAUUGAAUUUAUACGCUCGCUUAUUAUUUAAAUUAAAAUAUUUUACUUUUUAGUCAGAAAAAUCAAAAAUGUGUAGUACCUAUACCUAGUUAAAAAAAAUAUUAAAACUAUAAUCAAACCUGAGCGUAUACAAUUCUUUGUUUAAAAUAAAGCCUAUCAAACACACUAUAAUAUUUUAAUAUGAGUGAGGUUAAAUAUUAUUACUUAAAUUGUAAAUAAACUGAUAAUAAUUAUAAAUUCACUCACAAAAAUAUGUGAAUUACGAGUAAAGAUGGACUUUUUUUUAAAUCUUAAUAAAUUCAAUAACUUACUAAUACUACAUAUUUCACUAGUACAGUGUAGGCUCUCCAUUAGUCGGUAUAUUUGUAUUAUAAAUAGAUAACGGCCGUGUUAGUGCAACGGUUAUACAUUUUGGCGGUGUCAGGUGAAACGGAUUUUUUUUGUCUUAUAAUUAUAAAUAUACACAACUUAUGUGCAAGCUUUAAUUUAUGUGGGAAGUUUAAUAUCAAUGAAAAAACCUCAUUAUAUUUAACGUUUAUGAUUCCAAGCAUGGUACGUGAGUAAUUAGGAAACUAUUAUAAUUUUAUAUACAGUGGUUUGUUCUUUUUAUUUCCCUAGAUUCUAUAGGAGAAUAAGCGUUAACCUGUGAUAAAAAUGGUAGAAUAGUUUCAAUCCAGCCACUUAGAUACCAAAUUAAUAAUAUUAAACGUUAUGUAAGGUAAUUUUUCGAAAUUCGAAAGAAUUCGAAACGGGUCAAAUUUAAGGAGUUGUGUGUAGACAACUUUAUAGUCAUUUGUGCACGAAUCAUGUGUAUAUGAUGCGAGUAUAAUUAAAUCGACCGCUUUUUGAAUAAAACGUCUAAUCUUUUAUUCAGUUAAGGUGAUGAACCUAAUGAUGCAAUAAGACAUUUCAAAUUAAUCGGAAUAAUUAUUUAUUACGCCUACUUGAGAUCGGACCCUUGUCAUCAUUUCAGAUUUUCAAUUUUAAUCCCGUAUAAUCAACACUUAAAGUUUUUUAACUUUCACAAAUUCUAAACCGAUGGGACGAAAUAUUACGUAGUAUGUUUCGUUUUAUUUUCGCUGACUUGCUGCUUGUAUAUAUAAUUUACUUACUAUACUGUACUUUGAACCAAGUCUUUAUUAAAUAAAAUAAAAUGAAAUAUAGUUGAAAAAACGUUCCUUUCUAACCCGCUUAAUCAUACCUGCUUAAAAUAAAAAAAAUCAUCUGAUUAACACUUCAAAUAAGCGUUGAAAUUUGAAUUCUGAACUCGACUCGAAAUACCAGAUACCCAAUAGGGUAUUAUACAUUACUUUUCCUCUAUUGCGGUUUCUUUAAAAAAAAAAAAAAACAAUUUAAAUGCCGAAAAUUGAAACAUACAAUACGAUUUUACGUUUCGUACAAAUUUGAUAUAAAAUGCAUUUGUUCAUAUUAAGUAUGUGCGAGAAGUGAGGGCGAUAACCUACUUUUAAUUUAGUAAAGUGUUUCGAAAUAUCUACCCUAAGCGGAACUCGAUUUUAAAUUGUACAAAGACUUAGCUGCAUAAAAAAAAAAAAAAAAAACCACAAUCACAAUUUGCAGCGUUUCAUAUUUCCGACCCAUCAUUCGGCUACAAUAAUGACAAUGUUGAGUAUGUUAUUGACCACAUUGUAAUCGGGUAUUUUAAUGAAUACCGAUAACGCUAUUUUUUUAAUGGUGCCUCAAUAAUAAAUCAAAUAAGCUUUAGCAAUUCCGUAGAUAUUUUAAUGUUGUCAAGAUAGGUAGGCAUAAUUUAAUAUGCAAAAUAAAACAAAUGCAGAAUAUAAUUACUGAUUAAUUUUAUUCCUAUAAUGAGGGUCUGUAUCAUUUUUAGGAAUGAGCUAUACAUAUUAUGUAGGUACAAGUAGAAUCGUGUCAUUAUUUUUAAAAAUCUAAUUUUUAUAUUAUUAUGUAUAAUUAAAUAACUAACAUAAGUAGAACGUUUGUGGUAAAAUCUCGUUCGGAUAAACCAUUUUAAUCUUUGCAUUAAAUUUAUAAAAAUAUUAUGUUGAAGAUAUGGUAAUAAUAUAUAUUCAGUAAAGUAUUAAAUGACUUAAAAAUGUACAUAUUUUAUUCAUGAUUUUUUUUUUUAUUUAAACAAAUAUACAUAAAUUAUUACAACAUUUUUGUAAUUUUUUUCUUUUAAUCUCACGAUUAUAUUCGCGUAAAUACGUGUGAAAAUGUGAUUUUUUUUUAUAAAUUCUAUAACGAAAAUGGAAAAAAUGAUUAUAUAAUACACUGAAAUAAUUGGUUUUAUAUUUUAUGUGUAUCAGUAAAUUUCAACCGUUUGGAUUAUAUUUUUUUGAUGACAUAUAACAUUCUCAAUACUAAUACAUUGUACAUACAGAUACAAUCGUAAGUUUUUGACAGUUUUUUUUUUGUCUUUAAAGUUGAUUUAAACUACUAAUAUGACAUAUGUGUAAUAAUUCAUUUUUAUGCUUUUAUACAAUUGAAAAUUGUAACUCUUGUAUAUAUACAUAUAUAUUAUAUUCAAAAACAUCAAAUUGUAAUUAAUUUAGUUUUGCAUCUAGUAAGUACGCAAAAAUGGAUUACAUUUUUGUUUUAAAGAAAUUAUUGGUGUUAUAUAUUUUUCUUAACACUGUAUAGUUAAUUUUCUUGAACCACAAAAAACAUAUAAACUUAAUAUUUUUAAAAAUUAUUUCGACUGUGGGUUUGAUACAUUUCGGUAUUCUGUGCCGGAAAUCUAUGCAAAUAAGUUCAAGGUGAAAAAUCGAGCGGUUGAGUAAAACGAAAAUGGAUUGUGUGGUUAACGUUUUUCAACGUCUGAAAUAAAUAAUAUUAAUUUGUCAUACUUUCAAUCAUAUAAUAAUAAUUAUAGGAAAUAGCGUAUAAUGGAAUGUAACGUCUGACCUUGGGUGAAUUUAUCUCCUCGACAUCUGAUUAAAUAUCUACUAUGUGCAUAUUGUUGUAAAUUUAAAGCAAUAAUAAUUAGUUCCCGAGCCAAACGAUUUAAAAAAGACCGGAGUUAUAUAACCAAACUUGUCAUUUUAUAAUUAUAUAAAUUAUAAACAGUAUGUGCGGAUCGUUUUGUUUUACCUUGUUUUUCGUAUGUGGAUAACCUAGAAAUUCAAAUUGAGGCCAAUGUCAACGCACUGAUCUUAUACCGGUGUGUAUAAUUUUAAUGAAACAUAAUUUUAAACGCGUUUCCUAUAUUCUAAUAAUGUUUUCUCAACAAGUUCACAAAGGAGAUCAAUACAAAAAUAGGGUUAGGUAUAGGUAUAUUGAUAUAUGUAUAUAUUUAAAAUCUAAUAUAUUUUUCCUCUUUAAAAGAAUAAUAUAGGUAUUACAGGGAUUGUAGGUGUAUAGAGUAUACGUUAUAUAUAACGUAUUUUGAGAGAUAAUAUUUUAAAAUACUCGUUUUAUUUAAAUUCGACCGGAAGUCACAUUAGAGAAUUAUUUAACUAAUUGCAUAAAUUACGAUUGCAAUUUUGUCGUUCAACGUCCAUUUAUAGGUAAGUAACACAACAAUAUCUAUACAAUUAUUAAAAUAUAAUCGCAGAAAAUGGUUAACAUUUUUAAUCGUUUAAGGAUUAAUUUGGAAAUAUUAGACAAUUAUAAUACACGAACGGAAAUAAUCUUAUGGUAUGUGUUUUUUAACGAUUUUUACCGGGUUUUUUUUUUAGUUAUAAUCAAAUCUAACCUAAAACUUUAAAUUUAUGUCGUCUCUGACAACUGUGAAUUGUCGUAUCUAUACAUAAUAUAAUAAUAUUGUAAUGUUACAUCAUAAAAUAUCAAUCCCGAACAAAUAUUUAAGUACUUUAGUACAUAUGAUAAAUUAUUUUGCAUAUAAGAUUGAAAUCGUUUUAAAACAAAAAUAUAUUUGGACGGAUUAUAUUAUUAAAUAAUACACUGAAAAUGUGCGAGAAGUGACGAUAGACGAAUGUGUUUAUAAAAUACAUACACGGUGACUGUACUUCUGUACAUUCCGUGAUAUAUAGUGAUUCUGGCAUGCGCGGUGAUCAAUUCAACGUAAGACAAUCAGUAUCUACUAGAAAGUAUUAACUUUUUUUUUGGAAAAUUUAAGAAACAAACACCUCUAAAAUGUUACAUGACCGUUUUAAUCACUCUUAUAUUUGGGAAUGAAACCAUUUUACCACAUUCAAACGAUAAUCUAUAUAAUUUUUUAAAAAAUUCCUUAAAUAGAUGAUAUUUUGAGAAAAAGUUAAUACUUUACGAGAUAUCAGAGUGUCUUAUUUAUUACGUGAAAUUAACAAUAGAAUUGUGAAUUUAUUAUUAUUUCGAUUUUGAUUUUAAACUUGGGGGAUUUAAAAAUUAAAACUUUCGUUUGAGAUUAUUUGCCUUUUCUAUUUUUAUAGAUAUUUUUGGAAAAUUAAUAAAAAUAAAACGCAAGACUGACUUUACUGGUAUCCAAAAACUAUAGUUUGAUUGAAGAAUCGAGUAUUCUAAUAAAAUCAAAUUCAAUAAAAGGGGAAAAUAGAAAGAAAACGAAUAAUUCGGACAAGGAAAUAGAUCUGAGACAUCAAUUUACUAUCGCGUCAAUAAACUUGUGAAAUAUUAUGUGACUUUAUUCACAAAUUGCAUUGCAAUUGCAUUUUGUUGGCAACUUUACUAAUGCCUGCAAUGGUUGUCUAUCAGUAAAUAACCUAUAGUCAUAACCGCAACUAGAUCACCAACUCUGGGGGUGCUAAAAUUAUGGACACAUCAAAGACCUAUGAAGUAUAUAUCUCACAAUUCUCUUUAUACGACUUCUAAAAUAGUUAAAUACACAUUUUAUCUACAAUUUUGUGUGUACAAAUAUUUAUCAUGAUUAGUUAAACAUUAUUUUUCAUACACACAUGCAAUGUUUGUAUUUUGUUCUGCUCAUUAACUAUUAUAAAAUACAUGGAUAAAAUAUUUAGUCGUUACUAUAAAAAACCUAUUGAGUAUUUUGAGGGUGCUAAUUUUAAACUUGGUGUGCUAAAGACCCUCUAGCACCCUCCUAAUUGCGCCUAUGCCUUCAGUGCAAAUAGCAAGUUUAACUUAACCAAGAAAAUAGAACUGUUUACUAGUCGCUAGACUAAAAUCUUAACUGGAAUUAUUAUUAAAUAUAGUAGAUAUGUCCGAAUUUUUCAAACGAAAAAAAAAUUAGGAACUUGCUUUAGAAACUCAGCCAACUUUUUCUAUCCUAGUUUAAAUCCAAUAUACAUAAUAAUAUAUGGCUAUUGCUAUUCAUUAUCUUUGUGGUAUUUAAAAAUGUGUCUACGAUAUAUUAUAAUAAUGUAAAAACGAAUGGAUGUAUACGAAAUAAGUUAUUAUCAUUAAUACAAGAGAACGUCACACCCGCCUGCUGCGUUGUCGUUGUCGUCCUUGUUUUAUACAAGCGUGUGUCUCGCAUAUGAAAUAAUUGAUUAUCGUAAUUGAAAAAAAAAAAUGUGUCUCGAGUUAAAGGGAUGGCGCCGUCAUCGCAUGCACGCGUGAUAAAUAUUCGAAACUAUUGAGCGCAGCCGAACGAAAAUUUUGGAAAAAAAAUUUACUUAUUCCCAGAGUAUAAAUUAGUGGGGUUGGUACGAUUUCUGUGAAUUUAGCCGUCUAAAUUUUGUAAUGCAUCACCAUUUAAUACUUAAGCAAUUUACAUCACUGGAUACCUUGGUAUCUUCAAAUUCGAUACAAUAUUGUAUUGAAUAUAGACGUAAUUUUUGUUGUUGAUUUCGAUAUUUUAUUAUGCUGAAAUGAUAAGUGACUUAUUAUUAAUAAAUGUUGUCACGCGCGUUUUUUUUCGCGUUCAAUUUGAUUGACCUAUCAAAACACAGUUUGUAGAGGGAACCCGGUAUCUAAAGUAGUAUAAUUACAAGACACGCGGGUUAGGUUAUCUGAUAUUUUAGUAUUUGUUAAUUAAAUCACGCAUAUAGUAUUAUAAUAUAAGUAGGUAUUAGAUGCUUGUUUACAUUAUCAGUUUUGAAUAUUUUUUUGUAGCUUAAAAAACGAUUUAGAUAAAUUUAAAAAAAAAACCGCUCUUAUUGCUAUUUAGAUGUCACAGUCAAUACAAUUUUUCGGUAGGUAUUCAAUAAUAAUUAUUGUUAUACUGGACAGUGUAAUGUGCAAAUUAUCGCGAAGAAAGAUCACGAAGUAGGUACCUAUAUUUUAAGUACGAAAACUCAUCAGCAGUUUUAGCUAAAUUUUUUUUUGCAUGCGCGAGACAGACGACAAAAUAUUCUCGGGCGCGUGGCCAUUUAAGAGACGUGUCAUACAAAUCUAUAGAUAAAUUUGUUUGUUAUAGUUUUAUAAUUUAACAAUUUAACAUUUAUUAAAUUGUUGGAACCGGUAGUUAUCUAAAAAUAAAAAUAAAACAAAUGGAAAUUAAAUAUUGUAGAUCUGUAUUAAAUAUUAAUCAAUCAAUUUAUUCAAAAUACAUAUCAAUAUCAUACAAUAUUAUAUCUUAUUAAUAACUGUACAUUAUUAAGUAGGUCACAUUUUAAGGUAGAAAAAAAAAAUACCGCACUAAUACAAUUUGUAAUAAAUACCUACCGUGAUAAUUCCAAUUGUAAAGAAACUCUUUAUAUAAAUCUGUUAUUCGUUUAAUAUUUAACGUCUGAUUUAAAAACAUAAAACAAUUGAAAUAAUUUUUUUCUAGAUAAAAGGGUAACGUUACAAAAAAUAUAUUAAAAAGUAGAUGUAAAAUAGAUUAAAUGAUGAUAGAUUCAACAUUUUCUUAGUUUAUUAAAAAUAUACUUAUUUCAGAUAAUAUUAAGAAAUAAUAAUAGUAAUAAUAAGUAAAACAACCACAAAUGUUAUAAUUUAUUACCUAGUUAGUUCAAUAGUAUACGAAAUAUCUAUGUUAGCUAUGGGUGCCCGUAAGAGGGGAGCAGGGAAGCAAUGUCCCUUAAAUUUAAGCGAUUUUUGGCAAUACCAUAGAAAGUUUCAAUUUUUGUUUUAAAUGCAAAUAAUAUAGUUUAUAUUUUAUAAUACAUACAGUUUAUACGAUUAUUUGAAAUUUUCAAAAAAAAGAACAUUAAUGCUUCUAAUCUUAUUUAUCAAAUCUUCUUUCUAAAUUGGAGUUCUUUACCCCCUGAAUUAGUGCCUUUGAUAUUGGCCGGUAAGAAAUGCGAUGAAAAUGUCGUUUUUAAAAAAAAUUAUAAAUCUAAACCAUCUGUGGUUGUUUGUAUACUAUUUCCAUUGAUUUUAUGCAACUUUUUUUAUUAUACAGCACAAGAUACUAGAUAGGUGGGUGUUUUAAAGGAAAUUUUGAAAUUGGCAAAAUAAUAAGACCAUUUUAAUGUAUAUUUUUACAUAAAUUGAAUACUGCAACACUAUAUUUUAAUAAUGUUCACGUUAUGUUUUCUUAUAGACUUGGGCGUGGUGACUUCGGCUCAGAUCCAGUUCUUCAAAAACAAAGAGAUCGAAACGUUGGCGGCUGACCGACUAAAAGAUAUGACGGCGAUCGCUUACGAUCCCAUAAAAAAAGACGUGUACGUCAGCGACGCCAAUCAAAAGGUCGGAAGUAUAUUUCGGAUGAAGACCACCGGAGAUGCGGCUUACACCGCCGUGGAACCAAUCGUUGCGAGUAUGUAUUUAUAAAUUAAGCUGAUUUCAGCGAAUUUAAUAAUAUUAUUAUAAUGAAGUAUUGUUGUCUGUUAAUCGUCAUCGGUCAAAUAUAAAUUUUAUUUUGUAACGGAUUUGUAUAUCGUUUAAACAGUCUUCAGACAUUUUAGUCGCUUUUCUAUCAAUUUGUUAAGGGGGUUGUAGUGCGUUUUCAAAAAGUUUUCCAAUUUAUAAAAUUGAAAAAUUUUGUUUAUAUUUUACCUUUUAAUCUUACUGAUAAAACGGAUUUUCAUUUUGAAAGUGGAUUUUUAUUGUUAAAUGACGUAGGUGAUUUUAAAUAUCUAUUUUUUUCAGUCGUGAUAUUGAUGAACAAAAAUAGAUUUUUAUAUCCUUCGUCAUUAGUCAUUAGUCAUUAGUCACAUACAAAUUUCGGAAUAUUUAAAAUCGGCUCCCAUCAAAACUUAAUAUAAACCUUAUCAAUCAAACCAAAUCAUUUUUCAAAAAUUAAAAUCCGUUAAACCCAAAUUACACAGUUUUUUCUAGUUUUUCGAUCUAAAUACCAUUUUUUUUUUUCCAUUGACUGCAAUUCCUAUAACCGUAGUAUUACUGUAUAUAGUUACGAGCUGCAGUCCAUAUAUAAUAUAUUAUCCAAGUUAAGGAUAUGUAUAUAAGGAUAUUAUCUUUAAUUGUUUCAUUGAGUAUUUAAGUACCAGCAAUUACUUGUCAAAUGAGUCUAUAAGACGUAUGAUGUCUAAUGUCAAUGUUGACUCCACCUUUCUCAUUUAAUCACUUAUAAUUUCAUAUUUCAGCAUUUUGUAAUCUUUUUCAUUUUUUAACCGUUUGCUUGUUAUUACUUUAAUUUUUCUUUUUUUCUCUGUAUUUUUAUAUAUAUAUUUUUUUUUUUUGGAUAAUAUUGUAAAUAAAAUUCAAAUUAACCUAUUAUUUACUCGUUAUUGUACUAAAAGGGCCCAACCCGUAUAUUUAUAAUAAAAUAUUAAAAUCUAUUUGCAUUUUUUAAAAACAGCCAUCGUUUUGUGUAUGUAAAAAACAAUCUAUACAUGUGGAAAGGUUUUUUGUAAUUUUUUUUUUUAAAUUUUAAUUCCGAAUGAACAAUGAUAAGCUAUAUUAGCUGGCAAAACAACCCACCCCCUUCCUACGAUAACAUUUCAAGAAUUUAACGUUUUUCCCGUUAUUCUUUUUCUAUAUAAUAUAAGAUUAAAGAUUUUUUUUGUAAAAUGUAUUUUACGAGAAUCUCAAUGGUAAAAAUUAUAUACCAUUAUUAUGAAUCAUAAACAUUUUAUUUUUCCACUUAAUUCUUUUAAUUUCUUGUGAAUUGUAAAAUUAAAAACAUGUUUUCGUACUUUGAAAUAAUAAUCAAUUUUUGGCGUCUUUUAUAAUUCGGGUUGAUAACCUAAAAGUGGAUUCGAAUCUGUUUUAUAGAUUCUGAGCGUAACAAAAAAUGUAUCUAUACUACAGGUAUCUAUAAAUUAUGAUGUUUGUUGUUUUUCUUUGUACUUUUUAUUCGUAAUAAUUGAGUAAAAACUAAGAAAAAAAUCCAAAGGUAGUCUUAAAGAUCUAACAUUUUCAUCAAAUACUUAGGUCAUUCUAGACGAGCGAGAAAAUUUUCAAAACACUGGUGUUUGUAGAGCUAUUUAUAGCCAUUUGAUUUUUUUCGUGUUUUUUUUUAGUUUUUAUUUGGUUAGGUUAUACGUGGAUAAAGUUAAUCAAUCAAAAAUGCUCGAAAAACUAAUACAAGAUUAAGCGUAACUAAUAGUUAAAAAACGAAAACAAAACAAUUAUUACCCCCAUCUAUAAUGUUGUAAUAUUUUUAUAAGCUUUAUUAAGUUCAAAUUUUGUUUAAAAUCAAUUUUUGCUUAUAUCUAUUAUUUUUUAAAAUUAAAAUUUUGUGACCAGUUCUAGUACUUACUUAUUUUAUAAUAUAUAAUAUGUAUGUAUAUGUCAUACAUUACAUAUUACGUAUGUAGGUAUAUGGCUAUAUUAUUAUUUGGGAUAUUAUAUUUUUGUAUAUUUUACUAAUUUUUUCGUUUCUUUUGCCGCAGAACAAUCGGCUACUGUACAGGGGAUGGCAUUCGACUACCGGACGUCCAUUCUAUACUGGACCACUGGAAAUGGUCUUUCCAUCAACUACGUGCAUGUACCGGAAAACGUAACCAAAGUUCCACUCACGGGGGUUGUCUUGUUUAAAUUCAAGGACGUUAUACCACAGGGCAUCGCGAUCGACACUUGCAGAGGGUAAGUACGAUAUUUAAGAUUCUGGAUGAAGUAAGAGAUUUAUUGGUAUGAUGUGUAUUUUAUUUUUUUAAACAUUUUUUCUCUUCUUUUCUCUCUAGUCUAUGAACUACUUCUUGCUUCAAUCAAAGUAUUACAAAAUACCUAUUUUGGCUCUUGUUAGUACUUUAGAAAGGUCAUUUUUUGAAAUUCUCAUUAAUAUUCAAGAUAACGAGGAAAAACUAGUUCUUUAGAUUAAAAAUAAGGUUGUCAUUGAUAAUCGUUUUUAUUCAUUUUUUGUUAUUAUUAAAUUUGUAAUAUUUUAAUCUUUUUUGAACAAACGUUAUUGUCGUGAAGACGCAUAUUGUUGAACAAGUAAUCGUUUUUCGUUAGCAAUGGUUUAUCGGUUUUUAUAUAUUAUAUAAAUUAAAGAACUUUAUGUGUUUUACAUUCCCAAUUUUCCACCUAUACAACAAUGACGCACCUAUCCCCAGUAUGACACUAUCAGCUCUUCUUUGUUUGUCUCGUGUAUAAUAUAGGGUGUCCCACGACGAUAUAUUCAUUGCGAUAUCUCAUGUGUAAUGAAGGUUAUGAAAUUCUUGUUUUUUUUUUCUAAAAAAUGUAAUAUUUUGAAAAAUAGUGAACUAAAUAAUACCAUUUAGUGUUUAAAAAUCAUCUCAUCUCUUUUUCUGAUCAGUUUUGAAAUAAUAAAAAAUACACUAUUUUUUUGUGAAAGUAUAUAUUUAUCUAUAUUAAAAAUCACGAGAUUAAUAAAAAUAAAUGGUGAAACGUCAACAUUUUCCAAAUAAUAAACUCUAUAAAAUGGCUACCUCUUUUCAACUUUUUUUUUUUUUUACUGACUUCAGAAAUAUUUUUAAAAACUACGAAUAUUAUUAUUGUUUUAUUACUUCCGUUAUAGUAUCUCGAAUUUAGAUAAUGGUACACAGACUAAAAGGUCGAUUAACCGUGUUUGAUAUGUGUUUUAUGCUUUUUACAUUUUUAAACGAUGAUUAUUCUCAACGGGAAAAAUAUUGAAACAAUAUGUUCUAUGGAGAUUUGAUAUCAUUAAAGUUUAAAUGAGGUGCAUCAUAUAUCAUAAUAAAAUUCAAAUUUCGUUUCAAAACGUAAUGAAUUAAAAAUAGUUUCUUAAAACACGUCUGGUUCCUAUUAUUUUGCGGUUCUUUAUUUAUGUAAUUAUUAGGUAUUGACAAUUUUUUAACAGUCUGACAGUAGUGUAUAGGUAAAGAUUAAGCGUUCUAGGAAAUGGUACAGGUUUAGGUUUUGUGCUCUAUCUACUCGGUAGAUUUUUUCUAGAAUAUAUUUAUUUUACAUUUUUCCCAUCAUAAAUUAAUCCAUGGAGAUUUUAAAGUAACCCCCCCCCACUUUAAAUUUAAAUUACAUAAUUUAAUAUAGUUAUUAAUUAGAAUAUUUUACAUUAAAAAUACAAUACUUAGUAUUGAACAUGAUACGAAUUAUAAAUAUUACAAUUACAGUUCUGGUGACCUGAGGCAGUUUCUCCACUGAAUGGUUAUGGAUAUAAAAAAAAUAAUUUAUAAAACGGACACAUUAAUUGCACUUCACUCCAAAUCUAACUAAAAAUAAUUAUAAUCUCUAAUUAUACAUGUUUUCUUAAAUUUAGUUUGUUUUAUUAGUUAGGAUUAAAAACUUAUGAUUUUUAUAUAACUCCCUCGAAUAGAAAUAACUGCAUACAUUUUCCGCGACUAAAUCUUUAACAUUCCUUUGGUGGUAAGAUUAGGUAACAAAAACGUAGAUAAGUCACUAUAAUCUAAAUAAUAUAUUGUAUAGUAAGUUGUAGGCACCUAUAUAUUGAUUAGAUGCACCAUUAUACUUAGAUAAGGUUUCGUGUAUUAUAUUAUAUAUUAUUAGACCACGUAUACCCAAUUUGAGGGGCGAAUUAUACAACCUUAAUAAUACAAAUUGUUAAGUUAUAUCAUGAAAAUAAUAAUUAUUACUACAAUAAUUUAUUAAAUAAAAACAUUUAAAUAAUGUACAAAAAAAAAAAAAAAAAAAAAAAAUAGAUCCUACUAAAAUCUAAAACGGGAAUAAAAUCAUAUUUCCCACUAACCAAGUUUCGUAUGUACAGCCGAGUUAACACAUUUGAUUCGUAUAUAACAGGCGUAGCUAAACCUUUUAUUUUAUCUUAGAGUUCUAGUAUUUGUUACGUACUCGUCGGUUUGAAAGUUAUAAUGUACCGUAUUAUACUACUAUACACUUAAUUCGUUUAUAUUCAAUCUGGUUGGUUUUUGAACAGCUUUAAUAAAAUAACUAUAACGGCAUAUGCAUUUUUAGGUAUUUGUAUUGGACCAACUGUAACCAUUUGAACGCCACCAUAGAACGAUCGCGACCGGAUGGGUCGGAACAUACGGUGUUGAUCCACGAACAGCUGUUCCAACCGCUGGGCAUCGCGGUCGACAUGGAGAAUGAUCUACUAUACUGGAGCAAUGAACGCGAAGGCAUGUAUUACAGUAUCGAAGCCAGCAAUCUGGAUGGCGGUACCAGGAGGACACUGAUCCAUGGCACGCACCACCAGCCGUUCUCGAUCGCUCUGGAUGAACGGGAUAUAUACUGGAGCGAUUGGGUAAAUGAUGUUGUGUGGACCAUGCCCAAAGAUUCGUUCCAGGGUGGCGUACAGCCCACAGCGGUUGUCAAAUACGAAUCUAUUAAAACGCCCAUGGGACUAAUAACGUCGACUCCGGCAAUCGUCAAUGACACGCAGUGUAUCGCGGUGACCAGAACGCAAAAUGUGAGUAUUAAUAUUUUUUAAAAAUAUCCUGUCAGAUUUGUAUUUAUCAAUUUGUAUUAUUACAGAACACUUGGUUAAUGACGGAGGCGACGCUACAGGAAACUGUAUCGUACGAGGCACUACGAAACUACUGCAAAAAUAACGGGAUCUUGCAUGCCAAUGGGACGUGCACUUGUGCUUUGGGAUUCGAGGGCAAUUUCUGUACGACGCACGUGUGCCAGGAUUACUGCGUUUCAGGGACGUGUACAGUAGAUAGUAUGGGACGACCACAGUGUCAUUGUCCAGCAGAUUUUACUGGUGAAAGGUGCGAACUUCAAAUGUGCACGGACAGGUGUCAAAACGGUGGUCAAUGCCUUCUAGACAAGGAUGGCCAUAACCGGUGUGACUGUCCAAUUGGUUACACAGGCAACAUGUGCGAGAACAAACUAUCGGACUUUAUCAACGAAUUGUGUUCAGUAUAUUGUCAGCCGUCCAAUCCUUUGAUGAAAACAGCAUCGGCCGUUUGCAGGUACAUAAUCAACCAGUAAUUAAAAUGUGUUUAGAUAUCAGCAUUUUUUAAACAAUUUUCCAGUUUUGUAUUUUUUUUAAAAAAAAUAUAUAAUAAUAAUAAUAAUAAUAAUACAAUUAUAUAGAUUCUAGAAAUUCGAUUAAAUAUACAAUGCUGAACCUGUCCUGUCGAUACAAUUCAUUAUCGAACUUUCCCAUUCUCGUCCGCCAUUUCAAAAUUUUAAAGGUACAAAAUUCCUGUGGCCUUUAUCUAUAAGCCCAAGUCCAUUAUUGUUUGUUUCCUGGUGCAAACUGUGGUCACUUAUAGUAGACUUAAAGCAAUUUUUAUGUCCAAUUUUGUGGUUACAAUCACCUAAAAUAAUCUGUAUCCUUCGUCCUGGUAUCUCAUUCAAUGUAUUAUCCAGAAGCGCAAACAAUUUGUCUUUUUCAUUCUCAUCCUUUCCUUUUGUAGGAGAAUAAUGUAUGUUGAUGAACACUAAUUUCGUGUUAAUAAUUAAUAAUUUUAUUCUGGUGUUUACUACUUAAAGUUGACCACUGAAGGUAGUAAUGAGUUAUUUACUGAAAAAGAAAAUGCCUGUACUUGUCUUCUUUGGUCUCAUGCUCCGAAAAAGAUAGUCGUGUUGUUCACUGAUAAAAGGUCUGUACAUUGUUUCCUGUAAUGCUACUACUCCUAAUUCGCACUUCUCUAUUUCUUUAACAACCAUUGUUACUACUUCGGGUUUAAAUAAAGUUCGUACAUUCCAACUACCAAAACGUAAAGCCUAUGUUUCCAUAUAAUAUCCUUAAAUCUACAGUUCCGAGACAAAUUUUUAGUGCCCUGAACCCUAGAGUAGUGUUGUUAGCCCUACACCCAACACCUAACUUAGAGGACCUGACUCUCUAAACUAUUUAAGAUUCAGGGAGGGCUAUUUCAAUGCACCUCAGUACAUUAGGUGAUGGGAACACUACUUUUCCAAAUCCAUAAUAAUAGUGUUUUCGUCCAAACAGUUGCGAAGAAUACAUCAGUGGACAUCAUUACGAUUACUCAAACAUGGAAAUAUCAUCGUGUAAGCUCAGCAAAACCAUAAUCGCCAUAAUGGGCUUCCUGUUUGUGAUGGUUGCCUGUUUCGGUACCACUACCCUGGUACUAGCUAGAAAAGUGAGGUUCCUAGGACGGCGACCCAGAAUCAAGAAACGUAUCGUGGUCAACAAGAGUAUUACACCUCUGCAGUCGUGCAGGCCUCCCCAACAGCAGAAUCAACAGUGCGAAAUAACCAUAGAAAACUGUUGUAACAUGAACAUUUGUGAAACGGUAAAUAUCCAAGUUUCUUCUAUAUAUUUAUCCUAUUUAAGUAGUACCAGUCACUCACUUAUUCUCGUCCAAAACAUCUCCAUCACAUAUUAUUCAUUUAGUCCAAAUCAACUCCCCUAACAUUAGCCACUCUUUUGUUGGCCUAUCUAUUGUAGUUAUUGUCUACAAUUUUUUUAUUGGUCACAUCUCACUUCCAUUUAUUUUUAUUAUUAUUUCAUCCCUUUUAUAUAGUAUAUUAAUAGAUAAUUACUUUUUAUUUUUUUAGCCGUGUUUUGAACCAGAUUACCGGCCACCCAAAUUAGGUGGACUCCUAAAUUCGCUGGGCAAAUCAAAAAAAGAAGACAAAGCUAACUUGCUAAGCAAUACGGACAUGUCAAGUGAAGAUGAAAAACCAUCAUUUUAGUCCACAGUAUACAUUAUAAUAUAGUCUUAAACGAAUUGAAUUAAUUUAUUUUUUACCGCGAUUUACUUAAGGGGCAGCGUAUAUUAUUAUUUUUUAUUAUAUCGUCGUAGUUGGACAAAAAUUUGUGAUAUUUAUAUUGUUCCAAGCCACCAAUGAUUGUUUUUUUUUUAUGGUCGUGGAAAGGCAUCAUUUUAUGGCAUAAUACCUAAUAAUAAUUUUUUUUUUUAUAGAAAUUUAUCUAUACUAAGGGUUGUAUUAUAUUAUUUUCUAUAUCGAAACGUGCCGUGUGUUUGGUAAAACUAUACAGACAGAGAUUUUAUAGUUUUCCACAUGUACGAUACGUUUGACAUGAAAUGUGUGCGCCGCUUGUUUAUUUUGAUUAGACAGUCGGCUCUCAAACGUAUCAUUAUUAUUAUUAUCAUUAUUUUAUUUGAAAUUUUUUUUCAAACAUGGCGUUUUAAAUACAAGACUGGAAAUUUGUAUCUUAAGUAUUUUUUUCGUUUUUAUUGUUAAAACUAGUAAAAUUAGUGUAUUGUAUCGUUACAUGCUGAGUAUUUAUAUAUUUAAUA